GGGGCAGUUACGCGUUUUGGCGAUGGGCUUUGGCCAACAACAACGAAUCACAUCCUAAGUGGACGACAGGGGUAUUAUGAAGAUGAGAAUCGAUAGAGUCGACGGCUAAUAUCGUUUGAUUCAUUCACGCGAGGUGCCUUCUUUGAUAAAAUCACCGUGUUUCUGGACCUUUUUAAUCACCAUUAUCGUAUGAUAAGCAUCUCUGAUCUCUGUCAUCCCCCUUUUGGGAGUUGAUAGCUCUGCAACAAACUACGAACUCGCAUAGGCUACUUGUAAGACGCAUCGCCGUCUUUUGAUCAAUCAAUGCCCCUCUCUCACAAAGUGAAUAAGAACAAACGCGGCGUUGAGAUCAUAGACUUGAGCCAAGAUGAUGAGAAUGCACAUCGUCCCACCAAGAUUAGCCGAAAUGCGAAGGCACCUCCUUUGACAAAUGCGAGCAGCGGACAACGCUUUGGACAGGACACUUCUUUCCUUCCACUUAGCCAAUCCGAUUCAAUCCGGUUCAGCCAGCUAGAUGAUGACGACGCUGCUGCUAAUGAUCUCAUCCAGAGCAGUCAGAAUUUGGAUGACGUCGAUGUCACAGAAUACCAGCUUUUUGAUGACAUGCACACCAAAAUCGUAGGAGUACGAUAUUACCGAGGUCAUGCCACCCUGGGUGAACACGUUGUUGUUGCCAGGGAACCUAACAACCAAUAUGACCCCAACGCUAUUCGCGUGCUCAAUGUCAUGGGUCAACAGAUUGGCCAUAUUCCCCGUCAGAUAGCCGCAAAACUUGCAAAGUACAUGGAUGAAAGAAGCUUGAUUAUUGAGGGCAUACUCACUGGAGUCAUUGGGGCUUACGAUUGCCCUAUGGUUCUCAAGCUCUAUGGUACUGGCGACCCAGUUCGACAGGAACAAUUGAAGAAGAGGAUGAAAGCGGAUAGGCUGCCGCUUUCCAAAAUCAAUGCUCUUAACCUUGAGCGCAAAAAGCAAUUAAUAGAAGCAGAGCGCGCGCGGAAACGCAAAGAAGCUGAGAGGAGGGCAAUGGCUUUGAAAGGGAACGGCAAAUCGGGUCCCUAUGCAGGCUCUUUUGGUUCUCUCCAAACAGUGGAUGUUGCGGACCUGGAAGAUCUUCUUGACCAAAGUAGUUCAUUUGAUCCUCGAAAAAUGGGACAGUCCGCAGAAAAAUUUGGUUUGAAAGAGUCUGAUCUGGCUAAUAUGCCAAUGGUUGACACGCCACCGACUAUGAAGACCGAGCUGCUACCAUACCAGCGACAAGGAUUGGCAUGGAUGCUUGAGAAAGAAGCUCCUUGUCUUCCUACCGAAGAGUCUCAAAACGCUGUACAGCUGUGGAAACGCGAGGGCCCUAGAUAUAGAAACGUUGCCACCAAUUAUGCUAUGUCAAACGAGCCCCCUCUUGCAAGUGGAGGAAUUCUAGCAGAUGACAUGGGCCUUGGCAAGACAAUCCAGAUUAUCUCGUUGAUCAUGGCAAAUUCAAGGCCUAGAAGUGCCCAAGCCACUACGGCAACCCUCAUCCUCAGCCCCGUCGGCGUGAUGAGCAACUGGAAAGGUCAAAUAGAAGCUCAUGUGAAAGCAGAGCAUACCCCGAAGAUCCUAGUUUAUCAUGGCGCUGGUAAAAAGGAAGCCGCAAACUUGAGCCAAUACGAUGUCGUCAUUACCAGUUACGGAGCACUAGUUUCUGAAUAUACCCCGAACGUGAAAGGCCCUCUCUCCCGUGCUAAAGGACUUUACUCAGUCCAUUGGCGCCGCGUUGUGCUUGAUGAAGGCCAUACUAUCCGCAACCCUCGGUCGAAGGGUUCUCUUGCGGCGUGCCAUUUGAGAGCCGACUCUCGUUGGACGCUGACUGGAACCCCGAUCAUCAAUUCACUCAAAGAUUUGUAUUCACAAGUGCGUUUCUUACGGCUGUCGGGUGGUUUAGAUGACUUGACCAUGUUUAAUGCCGUUUUGAUUCGUCCAUUAAAUAGUGGAGACCCUCUUGGUGUCUCCAUUCUCCAAGAAUUGAUGGCAGCUAUUUGUCUACGACGACGCAAGGACAUGUCUUUCAUAAACCUACGACUUCCACCUAUGAAAUCCCAUGUCUUGCGCAUCAAAUUUCACUCUCACGAACAGGAAAAAUAUGAGAUGUUCCAAGCUGAAGCGAAAGGCAUGCUCGACCGGUAUCAGACUAGAGAUAAUGAGACUGGUGGCACUGGCCCGACUUACACUCACCUCCUCGAAAUCCUCCUUCGGAUGCGUCAAGUGUGCAACCAUUGGGCAUUGUGCAAAAAUCGCGUGGACAAGUUGAUGUCCCUGCUUGACCAAAACAAAGUCAUCGAAUUAACACCGGAGAACAUCAAGGCCCUUCAAGAAAUACUACAGCUGCGGAUUGAAAGCCAGGAAACUUGUGCGGUCUGUCUUGAUAACUUAGAGGAGCCUGUUAUUACCGCCUGCGGACAUGCCUUUGACAAAUCGUGUAUUGAACAAGUUAUCGAGAGGCAGCACAAGUGUCCUCUUUGUCGUGCUGAUAUCAAAGAUACGAACAAUCUUGUCUCUCCAGCAACGGAACUGGGUGAAGACACAGCAGUUGUUGAGGUGGACCCUAACGCAAGUAGCAGCAAGGUUGAUGCCCUUCUCAAAAUAUUGACUGCUAAAGGUCAGGCUGAAGGGACCAAAACUGUUGUUUUCAGUCAAUGGACCUCGUUUCUUCAUGUCAUCGAACCCCAUCUUCAGCACCAUGGUAUUAAUUUCACCCGCAUUGAUGGCAAACUUAAUUCAACGAAACGGGAUCAAGCCAUCAAUGAGUUCACAAACAAUCCGGAGUGCACAGUUCUACUUGCCAGUUUGAAUGUUUGCAGUGUGGGUCUCAACCUUGUGGCAGGCAACCAAGUAAUCCUAUGCGACAGCUGGUGGGCUCCCGCAAUUGAAGACCAAGCUGUGGAUCGUGUCUACAGGCUCGGCCAAACGCGUGAUACUACUGUUUGGCGUCUAGUUAUGGAAGGAUCUAUUGAAGACCGUGUCCUUGCAAUCCAAGAAAACAAGCGUCUCUUGUCAAUGACUGCCCUCAGUGAGACCGAAAACAAUAAACGCAAAACCAAAGCCAAAUCGGCCAAUCUUGCAGAUAUUGAAAAAUUGCUAGGGUAAAUUUGAGCAUCGUUAUGUUUAAGCCUCUGUUCUCUUUUCCGAUCUACCGUCAUUACUCUUACUAUUCAACUGUGUAUUUAUAUAAUAUUUUCCUUGUCGACUUGAUAAGUUGUCUGAAGGGGAUCGGACUCCCAACCCCGUUUCUGAUACAUGCUUCGAUUUUUAUUUACUAUUUCGGUCAUUUACUAUUUCGGGUAGAUAUUUAUGUCUGAAUACAUAUAAUCAUAGAC